AUGAUCUCCCAAGCUAUAGUCCACCAUGGCGCAGAGCUCGCGGGGCUGCCAGUGGCUCGGGUGCAGAAAAAAAUCCAGGAUAUCUGGAAAACGAAGGGAUACGAGCAUUACGAUACGAACAUACUCUUCCAGUAUGCAAAGAAAAACGGUUACUACAAGCAGCUGUCGAGAAAAGAAAAGGACAUCGCGACAUUUAGAUGCCUGACCAUGCUAGACAGAUCGUCUGCAGAGGAGAUAUUGCAGAGCACUAUUACUCCCGGAAAUAUAGUGCAUGGUCUACAGCGUUUGCUUGCAAAAUCAAUUAUUCAGGACCAUCAGUUCCACGUCUAUAUGGCUCAAUGGCUAUUGGGAUGCCCCAUGAACUCAGCAAUGAUGUGUGCCGCCAACUGUGAUUCUAUCCCCGAAGUGCUGAAUGCUGCUAGGAAAAGUGGCAUCAUUGAUGACCGGACUCGAGUUAUCGCAAUCCACGCAUAUUACUUCCUCGUCGACCCAAUUGAGGUCUUCAGAAUAGCUUUUGAAGAGAACACAGGACUCGACAACUUCCAAGGAUUGGCAACACGCGUCGAAUCGCGUGGACUAUCCAACGCGAAUAUUGCUAGAAUACGCCGAUAGAAGCCAGUGCCACGCGAUGAGAUCCAGGAGAUAUUUGAUACCGAAAGGAGUACUUCAGAACAAGAGACCAGAAUUGAAAUUUUGAUCCAAAGAUUGAUGGAGAAGCAUGGGGUUGAUCGUGCUGAUAAAAUGUCGGCUUUUCGUGACUCUGAUGGAGCCACAAACAAAGCGCACAACAUAUGUGCCAGUAUUGCGAG